AUCCACAUCAUCAUCAUCAUCAUCAUCAUCAUCAUCAUCGUCGUCGUCGUCGUCGUCGUUUAACAUUCCAUUCAAUUUCGAUACUGUUCGUCCUUCACCACAGAAUCCAAUUGUUAAAGAAAUGAUUUCCAAAUUGAAUGAUCGAGAUUAUGCUAGAUUCUAUGGCUAUUCGAUCCGUUAUCGAAACGAUGCUUUUUUAUUUAUGCAUCAAAUACGUAAAAAAGGUUGGGAUCGAAAAAAUGAUAAUGAAACAUUGGAAUCAUAUCAACAGCUAUUGAAACAUCCAGAAUGGAUAUUGUUUGAAUUAAUAUAUAAAAUCAAUCAAUCACGAUUAAUAGUAACACCUUUAAAUGCUGGUGAUGAUAGAAAAAUGAAGCUAUUUUAUAUAGAAUUUUUGCUUUCAAUAUUGUUGACAAUAAUGCUGAAAAUGAGAGCACUUUCCAUGCAUAAAAUUCAUCUACUAUUAGAGACAAAGAAAAUUUAUGCUGAUUUGCUCAAGACAAUGAAACUUUCUGAACAAGAUUUCUUAUUGCAAAUCGACAAAUGUUGGCUGGAAGAUUAUUUCGUUAAAUAUGAUAAAAAUUUUGAGUUAAGAUUUAAUAUUCAAGGUUGCUAUAUGACAGAAGAAGAAUCAGAAUUUAUAGCUGAAGAAUCCAAUGCUUUGAUGUUUGGUUUUCGUUCGCAAAUUCAUAAUUCUUCUGAUCAAGAAUUGCAUCGUUUUUUCGAAAUGACAAAACAAAGACCAAAACCAAUUCGAGAAUAUAAUGGCAAAAAACAUGAAUUACCUCAAUUCUUAUUUAUUGAUUCAGUUUGUAAUUCAACACCAAUAUUUUACACCAAUGACGAUGAUUUUCAAUUUGAAGAUGAAGAUGAUUUAGCAUUGAAAAAUACUGAAGCUUUCAACAAUGAUUUACAUCGAAUUACAUUGAGUACAUCACCAUUUCCUAAAUCGAUUCAUAAUUUAUUUAUAAAUGACAAAACUAUUUGUGAUUGUGGCCGCAAUGAUUGUAAUGGAUGUUAUCCAACAUGUUUAAAAUGUGGAGAAAAAAAAUGCUUUGCAAUUUGUCGAUACAAUGUAAAUUACAGCUAUUAUGAUGUAUUUCAUCAAGCUCAAACCAUUAAUAAAUAUGAUCCAUUAUAUAAGUCAAAAGAUUCUAUGAAUAAUAACAAUGUAAAUCAACAACAACAACAACAACAACAUCGACAACAAGAAGACAUGAUGGAGACUGAUGAUGAUAACAGUGUGGAAACACCGGUCGAACAAUUAUCACAAUCAGACAGUAUUGAUGAUGAACUUACUAUCCUAUCAACUGUGCCAUAUGGCCCGCAUAACCAUGACAAUUUUUCAUCCGAAUUUCCGUCUCAAUCUCUUACCGGUGAUGAGGUGGAAUCAUUUUUCACUUGUUCACCUCCAACUGAAUCUAAUAAAAAUUUUCAUGAAAAUAAUAAUGGAGAAACAAAUUCAAUUUGAAAUGACAUUUUUUUCAAAAAA